AUGUCGGUCCUCCUCGAGACGAGCGCCGGCGACAUCGUCGUGGACCUGCUCGUCGACUACACCCCAAAGCUUUGCGAGAACUUUCUGAAGCUCUGCAAGCUCAAAUACUACAAUUUCGCCCCCGUCCACUCCGUCCAGAAGAACUUCUCCUUCCAGACCGGCGACCCGCUCGGUCCCUCGUCCUCGCUAUCCGAUGGCGGUUCCUCUGUUUGGGGGCUUCUAUCCUCUGAUCCGGCAGACCGUACCUUUCCCGCCUUGUUCCACCCCAAGCUCAAACAUCUCGAGCGUGGUACCGUCAGCAUGGCCACCACUCCCAACCCCGCAGACGGCGGAGAGACCAGACUAGCCGCGAGCCAGUUCCUCGUCACCCUGGCUGAUGAAACCGACUACCUCGACGGGAAGGCUGCCAUCUUUGGCAAGGUCGUCGAGGGCUUUGACGUACUCGAGAAGAUUAACGAUGCAAUAGUCGACGAGAAGGGCUACCCCUUAGCCGAUAUCCGUAUCAAGCACACUGUCGUCCUCGACGAUCCCUAUCCCGACCCCGCUGGCCUGCGCGAGCCCAGCUCCUCCCCCGUCCCCACCAAAGCCCAGCUUGCCACCGUGCGCAUUGCUGACGGCGAAGUCGAGAAGCUCGAUCAAGAGAUGGACGAGGAGGCCGCCGAGAAUGCAGAAAAGGCCCGCCGUGAGAGGGAAGCACGCGCCCAGGCUCUGACCCUGGAGAUGAUGGGCGAUCUGCCAUUUGCCGAGGUCAAGCCUCCAGAGAAUGUCCUUUUCGUCUGCAAGCUGAACCCUGUCACCGUCGAUUCCGACCUGGAGCUCAUCUUCAGCCGCUUUGGCAAGAUCCUCUCGUGUGAGAUUAUUCGCGAUCGCAAGACGGGUGACAGCCUGCAGUACGCUUUCAUCGAGUUUGAGGACAAGGGCGCGUGUGAGACCGCUUACUUCAAGAUGCAGGGUGUGCUCAUCGACGACCGGCGCAUCCAUGUUGAUUUCUCCCAGAGCGUGAGCCGGCUGAGUGAGAUGUGGAGGACAGAGACCAACACCAAGAGGCGGAAACACGCCUCUAACGGGAACAGAGGCGGUUGGGGUGGCGUCGAAGAGCUGGAGAAGUGGCGCAAGUACCGCGAGGAGGAUGACAUCCCUCAGGAGAGCGAUCGCUACCGAAUGGUACACGGCGAUGAGGAGAUGGAGAGCAGGGCCGUCAGAGACGAAGAGCGCAGGCCCACAGUGUCUCAUGGCUCCAGCCAGCAUCAGACCAGCUCCCAACGAGACCGGGCUUUCUCGAGAACCGACCGAAGCCGGAGCCCUCGGCAAUCUCGCUACUCAGAAUCCAAAAACGACAAAGACUUGGGCUUUUCGAGGCGUGAUCGAAGCAGGAGCCCCUGGAAGGGUCGCCACGAGUCGAGAAGAGACCAAGACGUCCGAGACAGACGCCGCGGGGGCAGCUAUAGAGACUCGCGAAGGAGAUGAGAAACAACCAGCUUGGGCUGUCACGAUUCCCCUGCUUCUUCUAAUACGAGCGUCUCGCAUCGACCAGCCACCUGCGGUCUUACUACGAGGUCGUCCGUAUCAUAAGCCUACGGCGGGUUCAACUCCUAAGACAGUCGAAGUCACAAACGUACUCGACCGAUCAUCUGUCCCCUCAGAUAUCCGUGCCCCCCCCCCCCCCCUUUUCACCCCUUUCAUGACUGAUGCGUGCCGUACUAAGAUUUAAGCCCUCGGGUCUGGUCACCAUCAGCUCUUCACUCGAAACUAGAGCUUUUUCUUCGGUGGAGGACAAGGGCGUCAAUCCUUCCUCGGAAUAUUAUCUCGCCGUCAAGACAGACGAAGCGGCUCCCUUGACACAUCUCACGGUUCACGAGCAAGUAAUUGCCGGUCUCUCACCUCUGCGCGAUCUGGGUCGAGUCGCUAAAUCCUGCUGCUACACAUGUGGCUUCAUGUCUCUUGGUGCACACUACCAGACCCUUCAGAUGAGAACAGAACCAGCUGCCUAGGAACAGUCCUCGAACCUUGUCAGUGAACUUGCAAUCUGUGAGACAGAAGGCUUCAGAGAAUUUAGGUGUGGCGUCUACUGUGGCUGUCAUCAUGU